CUGGGCUCUUGUUCAACCUGUCUCAUAAAUAAAGUCACAGGUUAGUAGUAGGAAAGAGUUGAACAGUGAAUGCUGAGGGUUCCCACUGCCUCUGAAGCUGUAGGACGUUGAUAUUUGAUUUGAGGCAUGAGGAGGUUUUGACAAGUUAAAAAAUGUUUAAUCAUGGCAGCAUUAAAACCGCAUGGCUGUUGGAUAUUUGUUUCAGUUUAUCCCUCAUUUCAGCUUUGGUCCUUUUGAUGCGGAUUUGAAACAUGAUUAAGAUUAUAGCUGCAGAUUGUGGUGGUGGAUUUUAGGGAAAACCAUCUGUUUCUCGUGCUGCCCCCUUUUUCCACCGUUUCUGUUGCGUUUCUGACUUUGCCCAAAUUACCUGCCUGCCUUUGUUUUGAGGGAGCAGUGAUGCAGCACCACAGGUGUUUUGUUAUGCAGCCGGCUAUCUUUUAAUGUUAAUGGGGUAAACAAAAAUGCAGCCUUUUUAAAAUGUUUCAAAAGUUAAAUAAACCCUACAUUUAUAUGGUAAUCAACGUAUUGGAGCUGGGUGUAUGUAUUACAAGGACUGCUGCGUGUGUCAUGGUAACACAUGGUAUUUGCACAGCCUGUUCACGCAGGUUUCACUGAGCAGCUCGAGCCUCAGGCCAGUGGUUUCCCGCCCAUUGCCUAAAACUCAGCCCCACCUCUUUCUAUUGGACUGGGUUUCAUAAUACCGGCUGCUCUGUGUGGAGCUCAGCCACAAAGUCACUGUAGCAGUCGCUCUCCUGGCGUGAAGUGCUAAAUAAAAAGCCGAGAGAGGAGGCUCGUCGCUCGCUCGCCCGCCUCCUGUCUCUACCAGCUGCUCCAGCCCGUCGCCGUCCAGGGGAGAAGAGGCCAGUCAUUCACUGCAGCUUCACGAGCGUCUGUAACGUCCGUCCGUCAGCAGCGAGCCAGAGCCAGCAUGCAGGAAGAGCUUAAGCAGAGAGGAAUGACCAUGGAUUUUUCGCAACUGCACACGUAUACACCUCCACAGUGUGCCCCAGAGAACACCGGCUAUACCUACUCCCUCAGCUCCAGCUACUCAACAGCGGCGUUAGAGUUUGAGCAGGAGCACCAGAUUGCUCCUGUGUACGAGUCGCCCAGGAUGUCACGGCGAAGCCUGCGUUUGCAGGCCAGUGCUGGUCACUAUGGAAACGAGAGCCUGGCUGAUAUGUCCCAGAACCACAGCAGCACCUACACCAGCACGAGAAGAGAGACGAGGACCCUGAGGAGCAGAAAACAACAGCAGUCCAAUUUGAACUCCCUGUCUCUAUCCCUAAGCCAAGUGGCCACACCACGGAAAACACUCUCAUUCUCAGCUGUCAGUACCCCCAUUGCAAGCAGCAACUUGGAGGAAAGCAGUGCACAUAAUGCAGCAUCCGAUGCAUCUCUGAACACUUUCACCGUGGCCCAGCCCCACCUGAGGCAACGAACCAUCACCUCCACCACAACAACCACCACUUCUACGUUUGUGGAUGGACACUGGGGGAGAAGUUCCAUCGCUGAUCACAGUUUAAGUAUCAAUGGCGACGCCAGUACGUCGAAGUCGCACGCCACAUCAGUCAAUGGUUACAUCUGCCACGACUGCUCCCUUCACUCUCAGAAAGACUCCUUCAUCACACAGUCAUCUUCAUCAGCAUCUCAGGCUGCAGAAGCUGCCACAGUUUCCCUCUCCUCCUCAUCUUCACCGUUCACAAGUAUUUACUCCAGAGACAGGAGUCAAAAAAACAAGACAGGUGUCCUGAUGUCAGUGUGCAACACGUGUGUGCGGUACAGCAAAAAGGUCCUGGCCCCUGUAGUGUCUUUAGUCACCGUGGUGUUCAGCAGUGUGCUCUGGCUGGGUUCAAGGGUCAGAAGCUCUCCAACAAAAGGUGUUCUUACGUCGUUUUCUGACUAUAUGAGACAAGCAGUGUCCUCCAGUUUGUCCCAACUGUGGCUGUUUAAGCAGAGCACCCUUCACAGGAUGAUGGGCCACAGGGCUAAUGGCUAUGAAGAACAAGGUACCAGCCGAGCUCACUCAAGCUUCUGUGGAAGCAUGAAUGUGAAGGAUCUGGUUACUGAAGAUGCAUCACAUCUCAAACUCAACGGUUCUCUCUGUGAUGACUGUAAAGGGAAGCAGUAUUCUGAGACACACACUGCCCUCCUCACAAAGUCCUCCAGGUCUCAGAGCCGGGUGGGGGCACUUUGGGGCCUCCUAGCUUAUACAGGCUCCUGUCUCCUCCAGCCUGGCUAUUGUGUGGUAAGAGUGGGCAAAGCUGUGGGUUCAGGGGUUGGGACAGUGGCUAAAACGCUGCUCUCACUGUUGUGGAUGCUCCUGACGGCUCCAGUGAAGGCAGGCAAAGGGCUUCUGUGGUUUUUUGCAUCAGGGUGGUACCGGCUUGUGUCUCUAAUGUCUAUCCUCAAUGUCUUCUUUUUAACACGAUGCCUUCCCAAACUCUGGAAGCUCCUGUUACUCCUGCUGCCCUUGUUGCUUCUCCUUGCUUUAUGGCUUUGGGGUCCGUCCACUGCUGCCUUCCUUGCCUACCUCCCAGCCAUUAACCUGACCGAGUGGCGACCUGCAUCUCCUUUAACCCUUCUGGCCAACUUCGUGCCAGAUUCUGCUCCAGUUAUCGACUCCAUCCCUGCACCAGAGACUCCACUGGAGAGGACCCCAGCCACACCGGUCUCAGAAGCACCAGCAGUCUACCCACCAGUAGCAAUUCCUAGUGUGGACUUGGAACGUCUAGAACGUGUUGAGAGUCAACUAGCCUUGCUGUGGGACCGAGUCCAGCAGGGUGACCAGAAGCAGGAAAAGAGGCACGGGGACAUCCUGGGUCUUUACAGCACCCUAAGGGAUCAGCUUCACACUCAGGCAGACAGAGAAAGCCUGGAACUCUGGAUUUCCUCCCUACUGGAGCAGAGGCUCGGCGUUCUGCGAUCAGAGCUGGAGCAGGAGAGUACACAGAGAGCACAGAGUGCAGAGCAGAAUAGCAAUCGUCAAGAAAUUCAGGCAGCACGGCUCGCUGAAUUGGAAUUACUGCUCAACGCUCUUGCUGCCAAGACAGAGGCGGUGCAGCAGAAGCAGCAUCAGUAUGAACGAAAGGUGGAGGAGAAAUAUAGUGAAGUCACUUCAUCAGCAGAAACAGCUGCUGUCAGUGUGGGUGUAAAGCAAGAGGACCAUGAUGCUCUGCUGGCAGAGGUUCAGAGGCUAGAGGUAGAUCUGGGUAAAAUCAGACAGGACUUGCAGGGUGUUGUUGGAUGUAGGGGCAAGUGUGAGCAGCUGACAACACUACAAGACACGAUAUCAGCUCAAGUGUCCUCACAGGUCCGCAAAGAGUUGCAAGCUCUGUUUUAUGGCAGUGCUGGGUCAGAAGGGGAGCAGGAACUACCGGAGUCAUUUAUCCACUGGCUAUCCCAGCGCUACGUGAGCACAUCUGACCUGCAAGCUGCUUUAGCCUCAAUGGAGCUAGGCAUCCUGAGAAACGUGUCCCUGCAGCUGGAGAUGAAUCGGGCCCAGACUCUGGGUGAGGCUGAAUCCCAAGCCAAAUCCAUCGUUCAGACAGUAACUAGUGCUGUGCAGCACAGUGCUGCUGUGGAGGGGAUGACAGAAGAGCAAGUGAAACUGAUUGUCCAGAAUGCUUUGAAGCUGUACUCUCAGGAUCGGACAGGUCUGGUAGACUAUGCCCUGGAGUCUGGAGGUGGGAGUAUUCUCAGUACCCGCUGCUCUGAGACGUAUGAGACCAAAACGGCCCUCAUGAGUCUGUUUGGUCUGCCCCUCUGGUACUUCUCACAGUCACCACGUGUUGUCAUUCAGCCUGAUGUGUAUCCAGGUAACUGCUGGGCAUUCAAAGGCUCUCAGGGCUAUCUGGUAAUCCGGCUUUCCUUAAGGAUCCUGCCCACAUCAUUCUGUGUGGAGCAUAUUCCCAAGAGUUUGUCCCCAACUGGAAACAUCACCAGCGCUCCUCGCAACUUCACUGUUUAUGGUCUAGAUGAUGAAUACCAAGAAGAAGGGAAGCUGCUGGGACACUACACAUACCAGGAGGACGGGGACUCACUGCAAACCUUCCCUGUUACAGAGCAGAACGACAAGGCCUUCCAAAUCAUUGAGGUCCGUGUUCUGUCAAACUGGGGUCACCCAGAAUACACCUGCCUGUAUCGCUUCAGAGUCCAUGGAGAACCCAGACCUCUGUCAACUAACCACUAACAUGAACGCUAUCCUUUAACCAAUCACCCUAAUUGUACAUAGCCCUCACCAACAUCACAAAGGGGACUCUGCUGCUUUGUGGACAUUUUUGUAUGCAAGACACUAAGACAGAGAAGUCAUGGAGUGUUUAAAGAAUGUGUCCAGAUGGAAUAGUGAAUAUGUGCUUUUGUAAUACUGAAAGAAAACCAGAAAAGGCUGUAUGAGGAGUGCUAAGAAGCAGAAGGAACGAGAAGAGGAACCGAACCACAGAAGCAGCUAAAAGUCCCAGUCCCCUUCUUAUGAAAGACCUCUUGCACUGAACUAACCCACUAGGGUGACAGGCUUCAUCGAGUGGACAAAUCCAUCCCCUUUUAACACCUACUUGUAGAGAAGGAAGAUUCUUGAAAAACACGGGACAUUUAGACGUAUCUCCAUCAUUUCCUCACACACUGUAUCUUUUUGUUAAUCAUCAGUUUUUACCUUUUUUAAUUUCACAGUUUGCAGUUGUAGUUUCAGGAUCAAAGCCACUGCGUCCUCACCUGUGACACUGUCCAAGCAUGUCACUCCCUUUGAACCACCUCCAGUGACAUUAACUGAGCUGUUGGAGCAGCCCAGAGGACCAAAGUACACCCACGAUGGGUGAAAACAAGACCCAUGCAAGGUUCCCUUAAUUCAAGACUUGGCAUCACACGUCCACAUAGCCAUCAUUGUUUUCCCUUGGAACUGAACAUGCUGCCUAUGGACAACCUUUGAAUGUUUUUUCCGAGGUGGAGGCUUGAUGGCAAGUCAUCCUUUAGUUAUACAGCACUAUGUUACCACUGGCCUGGGCUCUAUGAGUAUUAGGAAACUCUUAAUGCUAUGUACAUUAGAAAAAUAUGUAUGAUUAUGGAAGGACUUUGGGGUAAAUGCUAGCAUGUGACUCUUCUUACUCUAAACUGACAUGCAUCCUGGAUUUACAUGAGUGUCCUCUGAAGGUUUGAGUCCUGUGCCUGGACUUCACAUUACUAAUCAAUGUUGAAAGCUUGAUAAUAUAUAACUGCUCCUGUAGAUGAGUUGAUUGUUUUGUUUUAUUUAUAUCCAGGAGACUCUGUUCUGCUAGCUCAAUUAUAAACGUCCUCCUUCCUUGGGCUCCCUCUGUUCUGAAAACCAGAUGGAAUGUAAUCUGUAUAUUUUAUUGUUGAUAUUUUGUCAUUUCUAAGAUCUGCAUUCAUCAGUGUUGUUUUGUAAGAAAACAUCCUGUUGUUGUUGUUGUUGUUAUUAUUAUUAUUGUAUUACUGCUUUUAUUUCAACUGUCACUCAUGGGGUUUUGCUUCUCUCUUUUUUGUGGGUUAUCGAUGAUGUUGGAGGAUGCACUGCACAGAAACGUGUUAGAAUGUACACAGGUCUUCACAAUUUGUUGAAAAAUGAGGUUUGUGUAGUUACAAAUUACGUUAGCAAAUGCGAGAGGUCGAAAAUGUCAUGUAUAAAAAAUGGUAUGUCCAAAUUUAUUUAUUAACCAGUGUGAAUUGGUGACCGCAAGAUAUUGGUUACUGCAAUGUAUAUUUUGUCAAAAGCUCUUCAGUGCAUUUUGGAACCAUCUUGGGACUUUUUUUUAAGAUAAAUGGCUAUUUUUGUUCAGUCAUGAGAUGACUUAACUGCUUUGGAAUAUAUUCCAAUAAAGACUUUAAUUUUGAAGAACUUA